CAGCCAGGAGUGAGCAUGGGGAAUACAAAUUCAAAAAGCAGCGGCAGGAGCAAUCCGAUCCCAGCUCAUCCCGAGCUCUCUUUCUGUGGUUCCUUUUCAAGAAAAUGGAAUGAGAAUGUUUUCCUGGACAACGAGCUCUUGACAUCCAAGAUCCUGUCUGUGCUCCGGCCGCACUCGGAGCGGGGUUUGAGAGCAGGAGAGCUGCAGUGUACGCCUCAUUUCCUGAGUACCAAUUCCAUUUUUGCCUCUUUAGCCACUUCUUUGAAGGAGCAGCCCCGGAGCCUUCUCCUGGGACCUGAUGGCACCCCGGUCCUAUCGCGGAAUCUCGGCAUGACUAUCGCCCAAAGAGGGAAUUCUCACUCUUCACUGAAUACUGCUGGAGCUGUCAAUAGGUUUGGACUGAUUUCAGGAGACAUGGAUGAAGGGGAUUCAGGCUUUAUAAAAUUUAAGCAGACUUCAGAUGACGUUGUCUCGCUUGCACCUUCAACAGCAGACACCAUUUUUCUGGAAGAUGCCUAUUCUGUAUCCCUCCGAAGUGAAAUAGAAACAGAUGCUCAUGAGUUUGAGGCAGAGUCUUGGAGUGUUGCAGUGGAACAGUCUUAUGCAAAAAGGCAAAGGCCAGACGUUAAGAACAGGCAAGAUGUCAUUUAUGAACUAAUGCAGACUGAAAUGCACCAUGUUAGGACACUGAAAAUAAUGCUGAAGGUAUACUCCAGAGCCAUGAGAGAGGAGCUGCAGUUCCCAAAUGCAGUUAUCAACAAGCUCUUCCCCUGUGUGGAUGAGCUCCUGGAGAUGCAUGGACAGUUUCUGCUCCAGUUGAAGGAGAGACGGAAGGAAUCCUUGGAAGAAGGCAGUGACCGAAAUUAUCUAAUCCAGAACAUUGGAGACCUCUUGGUAAAACAGUUUUCAGGUGAAAAUGGGGAGAGAAUGAAGGAAAAAUACGGUGUGUUCUGUUCUGGACACAAUGAAGCUGUUAGUCACUAUAAAGACCUGCUUCAGAGCAAUAAGAAGUUCCAAACCUUAAUAAAGAAAAUUGGGAACUCUUCCAUUGUGAGGAGACUUGGUGUUCAGGAGUGUAUCCUUCUGGUAACCCAGCGCCUCACCAAAUACCCUGUCUUGGUGGAACGCAUUAUUCAGAAUACAGAAGCUGGAACUAGAGAUUACGAAGAGCUGACCCAGGCCCUUAGUUUAAUUAAGGACACAAUCACUCAUGUAGAUGCCACAGUAAAUGAGUGUGAGAAGGGGCAGCGACUUAAAGAGAUUAUGCAUAAAAUGGAGCUAAAAUCGUCAGGGAAAUGCAAGAAUGGGCUUUUCUUCCGGAAGGAUGACAUGGGACAGAGGCGGCUGCUGCUGGAUGGGAUGCUGUACUGGAAAGCUGCAUCAGGGAGACUCAAAGAUAUUCUGGCAGUCCUGUUAACUGAUGUAUUGUUGCUCUUACAAGAAAAGGACCAAAAAUACACAUUUGCAUCAGUGGACUCUAAACCGCCGGUUAUCUCGUUGCAAAAGUUAAUUGUAAGAGAGGUAGCCAAUGAGGAGAAGGCCAUGUUCUUAAUCAGUGCUUCCUUAAAAGGACCAGAAAUGUAUGAAAUCCACACAAGCUCAAAAGAGGAGAGGAAUUCCUGGAUGGCACACAUCCGCAGAGCUGUCGAAAGCUGUCCUGAUGAAGAAGGAGGAACGUUUAAUGAACCUGAAGCAGAGAGGAGGCUGGCUGAAGCAAGAGCUGCCAAGUUAAAAGAUUUUCAAGAGCGUUUGAACAUGAAAGAUGACCUGAUUAUGCAAAGUCUAACUGAGAAGCAACAGAUAUAUCUCGAAAUGUCUGAAAUGAUUGGGUUUGAAGACCAUUCCCAAGGAUCUCGAGCUAGGUUACUGCUUCGGGGGGAUAGCCCAGAAAAUCUGCAAGGAGAGGCAAUUUUGAAGUCAGCUGUGACAGAAGCUGAAAAUCUCCAGAACCUUAUCUUCACUCACUUAGGCAGUGGAUCCUGUCAGCCUGAGGAUGGCUCUGGGUCAGGACUCCCCAGGAGAGCAGAGACCUUUGGAGGAUAUGACAGUAGUCCCUCAAUCUCAACUAAAAGUGGUAAUUUUAGGAAGAACAGUGGCGGUGACCAGAGGCAGUGGGACUGGAGAGGCCCUGCAGUAAGCUCAGAUGUGCAACUCCAUGACCUCCCUUCUGAUGCAGAAGAAGCAUCUCAAACUAGUGAUGUAACAAGGCUGGAUGACAGCAGUGGCUUUCAGCCCACCAUAGAGUCUCAGCUUGUCCAAAGGAUACAAACACUGUUACAGCUGCUCUUCAGUCUUCAGGCAGUGAUAUCUCAGCAGGACAGCUACAUUGAGAUGCAGCGAGCCACCAUGGUAGACAGGGAGAAGCAGUAUCGGCUGCAGUCUACACGAGGCAACCUCCUGCUAGAGCAGGAGAAGCAGCGGAACUUUGAAAAGCAGAGGGAAGAGCUGAUGAAUGUACAGAAGCUUCAGAGCCAGCUGAAGCUGGAGCAGCAGCGCCUGGAACGGGAGAGGAGUCGGCAGCAGAGGGAGUUUGAAAGCAAAGAAGCUCGGCUGCAGGAAAGUGAAGAGGGGACUCGGCAGCUGAGGGAGAAGGUGAAUCAGGAGAGGGAAGAGCUCGAGAGGCUGCGAGAGGCUUAUCAGCAUGACCUCGAGAGACUGCGGGAAGCUCAGAGGGCAGUUGAGAAGGAGAAGGAGCGUCUAGAUCAGCAAAGGAAGCUGAAGAAGCAGAACACGGUGUCAGGCACGUUCUCCCCAGACAUGGGACAGAACCAGUUGCUAAGUCAUUCCGUUAGCUUCAAUGGAGAAGGGGUGGAAGCAUCUGCACCCGCCUUCAAAACCUCUGUGAGAGUGAGCGUCUCUGGGAUGGAUUACCUGGAACGGCCGGACUUGGUUCGCAGGGACAGCACCACGCUGGAGAAUCGCCCUGUUCUUGCACUGAAGAAUGAAGUGCCAAUACAUCUCCUGAGUGCAACUAACCAGAUCCAGAAACCAGCUGCAGUCCAGCAGCAGAUUCCUACCAAGCUGGCCACUUUUACCAAAGGAAGCAAGGAGAAAGGUGGGAAGAACAAAGCAUCUCAUAGGACAGACAGUUCAGCAUCCACUGAUCAGAAGCAGCUGCUUCCCCCCAGGCUUGUUGGACGAGAUGAGGGUGUCCUGAGAGGCAGACGGUCAGCAAGUCCAGUCCUCCCGAGCAGCCAGGCCACUGCAUUGCAGCCAGAAUUUUAUGGCCCUACAGAUGCUCAGCCAGAAGCACUUUCAUCUGCCUCAGCAAACCUCUUCAAGCCCAAUAACGUUCCUGUUCAGACCCUGGUGACCUCUCAGCCAAGUCUGUUAAACGUGCAAGAUGAUACCAGCAAAGAAGAUGUAAUUUUCUUCUAAUACUUUCCAUUUAAAGAUUGAUCUUCUGACAUAACUGUUUCAAGAACUCAGGCCCCAGCGUGCACCGUGACAGAGACCUGACAUGGAUGUCUUUUCAUCCCUACCCCGUUACUACUAGCGAGGACCAGACCAGGAUUACUGUUCUACUUUGUUGGCUUCUCUGCCAGCAGCUCAGAAAGAGGGCACAGUAGUAAUAAUUGGCUUUUAAAUUCUCCAAACAUGGAAAUGUAUUGACACAUGGCAUGGGUGUAUAAAUUUCAGAGCCUAUUAAAACACUGACAUGUAUUGUAGCAUGCUCUUUUUGGAGAAUGUACACUCUUUGUGGGCACCAUCUUGUAAAUUGUUAAGAGUUGAUGUUGAACCACCCAGAUUUUAUGUAAAAAGUUUUAACUGUUGGCCCCAAAAUGGCUGCAGAUGUUUAAAUGUGUUUUCCACAGGUUCAUGGUCAGUAAUGGGUUAUGGUAAUGGUGUGUUGGUAACUAGUUGACUAACCAAGCCAGCCUCCUUACAGCCAGGCAUGACCCACAUGGUGAUCCCACUCAGAGGAGUGAGACUGGUGUGUCUGUUCCUUUAGUGUAUUCAAUGGAGCAUGUGCUCAGUGGCCAGGUACAGUGGAAGAGAGAAGGUAAGCUUCUAAACAGAGUCUUCAAGGGUCAGGAGCUCCACCUGCUUGUGGAUGAGAAGGGUUGGAUGUGUGAGAAUGUACAACAGUAAUGAAGAGUUGGACUAAAUGCACAUUUCACUGGCCAUGAGCUUGCACUGGGGCACCUGUCUCCUUGGAGACACUGGGAGAGAGCAGCACAGGCUCCCAAGCAGAAGUCCUGAGCUGAUUCAGAAUGAACUUAGAGACUUGGAUUUUGUUCUUUGCUGAAGACAUGGACAAGAAGUGGUCGAAUGCAGUAAUUUAUUGUCUUGUUUAAUCCUGAGGUUUCUGCAUCUUUUGUCUGUUAACUUGUUGGGACUUUACUCCAAGUACUAGAAGAUAUCAAAGCUGCUGUUACUGCAGAGACUUCUCUGCAGCCCUGUGUCAGGAGUGAAGGGAAUGACAAUGGUUUGGGUUAAAAACAUAAAAAAUCAAAAUUAAAAAGAGAAAAAAAAUAAAAACAAAGAAACCAACUCUCAGCUAAACCUGUGUUGGUUUAGCUGCUUCCAGCUAAACCAGCUUUGAUACCUCUUGUUAAGUGGGUCAGUUCUUAAUCGUGGAAUGAAUGGUGAGGACAUUCUGUUCUGCUCAGAAGGCAUUUCAUUUACCUUUGUAGUAAUUUGCACAGUCAUUUUGUUGUAUUACUUCACUCUGUAUCUCAGUUCUUCAUUACGUGCAUCACCUAAGGAUGUGUAUGCCAGUGUACGUUGGAUGUGACUGGUCAGAUACAUUGUGCAUGGGAGAGAUUCUUUAGGGGGGUAUGAUUACAGAAUUAAAGAAAUGGUAGCUCAGAGCUUAAAUCUGGGGUUAAUGCUUUUUAGAACGUGAUUGAUAAUGGGUUUUGUCCUAUGCUGAAUGUUGGUUUAAAGUGGUUUUCAGCAGCAGUGGAGGGAAUGCUGGUCAGUUCUCCAUCCUGUGGAAUGGCAAUGGGUCAGUCUCCUCAAAUCAUUGAUGAUGUCUCGGUUGUGAUGUUAAAAAUGUUCUUUAAGGCUGUAACUUCGUUUUGUUUGAGAGUUGAAAAAUGAUCUCAGUAGUUACAGGGCAAUAACACUGUACAUUGUCAGCAGAAAAUGGAGUUUACCUUCAAGUGAUGAUCAUUUCAGUUAUUGUCUUCAGGAAAGAAACUGAAAAAUCCAAAUGUAGUGGUCGGCAUGAGAGGAGAAAGAGAAGCAACGAGAUCUUCAAUCAGUCUUAGGGAACAAGCACUCCCUGCUGUAACUCUUCUUGGGCUUAAGGGUCUUCUCCUUCGCUGAGUGAUACUGGUAUACAUAUGAAGCAGUGCCACUGAGUUCAGUGGGAGGAAACUCCAAACCCUCUGACUUGUUACCAGGCUGGUGAUACUGCCCAGCUCUGAAACUGGACACACUUCACUGUGAUACCAAAGGGAAAUCCUCAGCAUUGUACAAUGUACACUGACUAUCUGCCUGGAUUUGCAGCCAACAGUAUGGGGAGUGUUGUGAUCUUUGCAUUGCUGUGAUACGAUGUUGAUGAUGGUUAGAACAUAGUUCUACCCUAUAUUCAUUUCUAGAAUCAUAGAAUCAACUGGGUUGGAAAAAGACCUUGAAGAUCAUCAAGGCCAAGCAGUAAAAGUCCAUUCCUAAAAUCUAAGCUGGAAUGGAGGGAAAUUCUUCUUAAAAUUAAUGUUAACUUCUUGUCAAGCCAGUGUGUGAGCUCCAGCAGCUCUAUAUAGUCUAUAUAUAGGACUGGCUCCAGGCAUCUCUGAUCCCACCUCAUUUCUCCUGUAAGCAUGCAGCAAAGAAUGCACAGAUUGUUCCCUCUGUGCUGUGGUUUGGGCCACUCCUAGUGAAAGCUCAAUGCCUCCAUUGCCUUAAAUGACCAGGUUUUCAGGAGUUUUCGCCUAAAGCUGAGUUGCAGCAGUGGAAUAAACCAGCUCCACCAAAGAGGGAUGUCACUGAUUGGGUAUUUGAAACUGAUUUAAUGUUAGUCCUGCCUGCCCUAAAGUUUGGGAGUGAGUGUUCUGUGGACUGAAGGGGUUGUUUGGCUGCUUCCUUCUGUGCAGUGGGUGGUCAGCUGCUGAACAGUGAUAUCUAGGAAGUGAUGUCUGCAGUGAGGGCUCAUUCCUCUUAAUGCUUUGCCAUAAACGUAACUCUUUCAGUGCUCACUGUCAGAGUUAUGGACCCAGGGCUGUUACAGGCUGGGCUGUUGCUUCAGCACCCCAGAAGCUCCUUGGAAUAUGGGUCUUCAGUGUGUAACUGAGAAGUUACCUGAAAAGUCAUCUGUCCUCAACACACAUGGCUGGCUGCAGCUGGGUCAAAGUCAGUGAAGUGCCAUAGGAGGUAUGCACGUGGCUUCCCCUUUGGUACCAUACCCAGCCUGGAGAAGGCUUUAGAAUUAGCAAAUGCUGAGAUCAUGUCAUUGAUGCUGUGAUAUCAGAUUGCUAGUGCAGAGCUUACCAUAGCAGAGUGUGGUAAAAUGGUUUCUCUAAAGCUGAUGGAAACACAUGGAAGUUUAAUCUUUAAAUGAAUAAUGGGUCAUCUCUUCUGCAGAACUGAGUUGGUGAAGUUCCUGCAUCACUGCAGAUGAGUGAACCAGUCUUGGGCUCUUGUCUUCAAAUCUCAUUCCUAGGAAAAGAACUCUUGAAGCCAAUGAGUUUGCAGAAUCCUGCUGUGUCCUGAGCUAAGUAACCUGCUGCUGCUCCCAAGUCGUAGCCUUCCCAUCUGACUUCUUGAUUACUUCAGAUACAAGGUUCCUUUCAAGCACUAUCUGAGGAUGAGACAGAUUCUGUGCCUCCCAGGUGCCUUUUGGCUCCUGCUGAGCUGGGGUGUGGAGGAAAUGACAGUGAGCUUUGAACUGCUUUGUGUCACAGCCUUAAACCUCUGGUCACGUUUGUCAUUUAAUGUGGUAGUGUUGCAAUGUAGAGGCUGUUCCUGUGGGUCUGACUUUCACUCUGCUGUAAAGGAGGCUUCCUCUUUCCCUCCCCAUCUGGAAUAUGGGCAUUGAGUAUUUGAGGCUGAGGAUGCCUCCAUGCUCACCCUGUGUGCAUUGUAAAUGCUUUCCUAGUUUUUCCCUGUGGAUUGUCGUCGUGGCAUGUCCCACAGCUUGCCAUCACUUACCAUGUCCCAGUGUGAGGCAGAAGCAGUGGUAUUUCACACGAUGCUUGCUCACAAGGUAGUAGCAUUCCUGCAGAUAGGAGUCCUUCCAUAUGAUUUGCAGGCAGUUUUGUCGUUCUGAGUAGUAGGUGAUCCUGCAUCCAUGCAACUUGGUGUUUGUCAUUUGCAUUUACAAUGAGAGUCGAAACUUAUGCUAGGAAAGGGUUAAAAUCCAUGUUUCCUUUCCCUUUUACUUUGUACUCUGCAGAAUAGGAGCUGAGGCUCCAUGGUGCUGCUCAGUGGAGUCCCUUGUGUGUUGUGCCCCUGUGCAAGGAAACUUGGAGCAUUUUGUUGUCUUCCCCAGCACUUCUUGCAUGUACAAGGAAAAGCAAACAGGUUACACAUGUGCUACCCUUGCUGAAGAGGCGAAAGCAAAGCCUUUUCCCUGCUCUCGAGGCCAGACCCAACAUCUGUACCCACUGGUGGCUCCAUUGGUCAUCACCCAUCGGUUCAUCAAAUGAUGCUCUGGUUCAGAACAUUGGUGCCAUGUUUAUAAAUCAGUUUUUGUAUAGUUUUGUACUGAAAGCAAUUGGAGCACUUUAGGAAAGUUCAGUUCAAAUCCCCUUUCUCUCUGUACCUGGAAUCUCUCAUGUCGGCAUUAACUGCAUCUCACUCGGAGCUGUGAACUCUUGAUGCUCUUUCGUCUUAGGUCUGGUUUCUAGGCCCACCUUGCACUGUAAAGAUUUAAUAACUAAUCUUGGUCCGUGGUUAAAUUGACCAUUUUGUUGGGGAAGUGUUUGGUUUUUGGGUUGUUUUCUUUGGUAGGGUGUAAACAGUGUAAAUAAUUCCUGUUGAUACUGCAGCAGCCACAUCUUUGUAGGCUUGACUUCAUUUGUAAGGUCUGGUUCAGUGUUCCUGUUCUGUUGAAUUGUGCACUCAUGAUGAAUUGUACACUUGAUCUUAGCACACCAAAUGAGGGUUUUUAUUAUGACGAUCGCAAUGUUUCUCCCCUGAAGGAUUUCAGAGCUGCAAUAGGACUGAAACCAACUUCUAGCAAUAAAAAAGACCAUUGAAAACCGA